AUGCCAAUGCACGGGAUCGCGGGGACGGGAGGCGCGGGCGCUACACUUGCAGCAUUUUAUACUAUCCCAACCAUCGGUGCUACACUCCAAGAUACCGCAUGUGAUCAAUCUGCUGAGCUGCCUCCACUCGCCGAGCUCAACGGUACAAUCGGAGAAAACCAAACACAGGACUUCGCCCAAGACAUACCUCCAGAAGGUACCACCAUUAUUCUCCGUACGGCCAAAGGUACCGUAGCAAUGUAUGGAUCGGCAACCGUCAGGACACCCAACUCGGCCCUCAACGAUUUCAACCUGACAGCCACCGAAGGACAAGGCCCCGUGUUGAUCUUCAUUGGAUUCGAUUUCUUUGUGCCCAAUCAGAAUGACAUGGAAGCGAACAAUGAAACAAUCGGCACAGUGUAUUUCACCAUCGAGGGAAAGCAAGCAACCAAUGUCUUCUCAUUGGUUUCAGCCGAGGGUGACGUCACCAAACCGGAACCAACCCAACCAAACUACAAUGGCGUUGGUAUGGUCACUACGACAGUGUCAUACAUUGCUCUGAUUAUUCUGAAUGGAGUAAUUAUUGCUCGUUUGGCAAUUGCACUUUAAAUCCAAACUGAUUCGACUUCCUAAUGUAUAAAAACAUCUAUAUCACGCUGCCGCCAUCUUGAUCAUGUUCCCUGUAUCCAACAACAGUUACGGUUGCUAAUAUUCAUUGUACGAAAAGGAACCAGACUCAUUCUCCUUCCAGCCUCAGUUUGCUAACAUCGAUUUGAAUUGGAUAAAAUCAAGAUGGCCGCACCAUGGUAAAGGUCUAAGGUAUUGCGCACCUUUAGCACAUGAGAUCAUCCGAGUAGGGCGCCCUCAUGCAUAAAGAGAGGUUAGUUUAUGGACACACU